AUGUCCACCAAACCGCCAUCCUCAAUAUCACCCUCCUCAUCGUCCACCCUGCUCCGUCGCACCCUCACCACCCCCCUCACCCUCUGUUCCCUCUACCUAUCCUUCUUCCUCCUCCUCCUGACACCUCCUUUUCAACGGCACUUCAUCUUCCUGCACGCCAUCUCCUUCCCCUUCUUCCCCACUUACCACCAACCCUCCCGGUAUGGCCUAGCACCCUUCAAAACGCGACCCUUGCACCUGACCACCGCAGACAACGAGCGCAUCGGGGCAUGGCAUAUCCUCCCCGAAUCGUUCUACCAGACCCGCCUCUCCUCUUCGGACGAGGGUUGGGGGGAGGACGUGUACGAGUUGGCGAUGCGCGAAUACCCAACGGUGCUCUACCUGCAUGGGAAUAGCAUGAAUCGCGCGGCCCCGUUUCGCAUUGCUGCCUACUCGGCGCUGACCGCUCGGAUGGACGUCAACGUGGUUGCGAUCGACUAUCGUGGGUUUGGAGACAGCAGUGGCACACCUAGCGAGGAAGGGCUGGUAGAGGAUGCAGAGACGGCGUAUCGAUGGAUCCGCGCGCAACAGCGGGGUGCGCAACAGGGAGUGACGAUCUUCGGUCAGAGCCUAGGUACCGGCGUGGGCGCACUGCUCGCUGUCAAACUCGAACAUCAAGCCACGCCAGUGGAUGGACUUGUGCUGAUGGCACCAUACACGAACCUCAAGAGUCUGGUCAAAGACUUUCGCCUAGGUGGAUUCCUUCCACUGCUCAAACCCAUCGGAGCGAUCCCGUUCCACAACCGCCUCCUGGACCGAUUCCUACAGACCCAGUUGAACACGCUUGCCGCCUUACCCACCCUCACGGACGCAAAGAGCUCCAGACGCACAUCCAUCGUCCUGCUCCAUGCGAGGGACGAUCCUGUCAUCCCUAUAGACCACUCCCGACGUCUGUUCGACACUCUCCUCGAUUCAACCCCGGCGAGUGUGCAGGAGAGAACCAUUCGUGACUACGCCCACGUCAAACGCUUCCACAAAGUGACGCUCAUAGAGACCCUCCAUGGCGGACACAACCAGCUUACAGAGGGCGCACUCGACCUCGUUCGACUCGCCCUCCGACUCCCCUCCCCGCAUUCCUCAUAG